UUUUUUAUUGCUUUCAUUAGUCACACAUCUAGGUUGUUUGCAUGUUUUUCUUGCAUUUCAUUUUUCAUUUUCAGCAAUUUUUCUCUAUAAUGGAUUUCGUAUAUCAAUUGUCAAAGGAGAGUAACGUGGGUUUUGGUUUCUUCAGAUAUCGCCUUUCUUUGGAUCAACAACUAUCCAUGCAUAAACAACAUCCUUAAACGAUUUAGAGAUUUCAUUUUUAACAUUGUUGUUGGUGAUUCUCCAAAUGCUCAAUUCAAGAAAUUGUUGAAUUUGGGAAAUGUUAUGUAGCCCUUGGAUUUUUCAUGAUGCCUAAUUCAUUUACAACUUGUUUGGAUGGUUGUUACCUAUUGACUAUUAUAUCGUAUGGUGCUGUUAGUUUAAAUACAAUAUUCGUUUUGGUUGUUACUUAAAUUUUAUUGUAUCGUAUCGUUAAGUUCAUCGAUGUGUAACGAAGAAAAGUCUCAUUUUAUGUAACGACCGAUUUGGUGUGACCGCGUAGUUACCUUUUUCUUUCUCAUUUUAUCUUUGUUUAUUAUCUAAUAAUCCUAUUUUAUCCUUUACCCCUGCGUUUUUAUAAUAGCUCUAUCCCGUACCCUACUUUUCUUGUAGGUUCAUCCUUCAAAUUGUUGAUGUGUGGCAUUAUGUAACGAUACGAAACGAUACAACCUAUUCAAGAAGACUGGCGAAGAUGCCGGAAAUAGAGUUUGGAGGGCACACGGUGAGAUCCCAUGGGGCUAAGGUGGCCAAAAAGCACAGAUGUGACUGGUUGAUUUUACUUGUGCUUAUAGCAAUGGAUGGCUUUUUAAACUACAUUCAGCCUUUUAAUCGCUAUACUAACGCAAGAAUGUUAGAAGAUCUGAAAUUUCCUUUCAAAGAGCAUGACACAAUACCAAUGUGGGCCGUUCCUAUCUUUGCAGUAAUUCUACCGUGGACAGUAUUUCUCAUUUACUAUCACUACAGGAGGGAUGUUUAUGAUUUGCAUCAUGCGAUAUUAGGCAUCAUGUAUUCUGUUCUAGUGACUGCAGUAAUCACCGAUAGCAUCAAAGAUGCUGUUGGUCGUCCACGCCCAAAUUUUUUCUAUAGGUGCUUUCCUGAUGGAAUCGCGGCCUUUGAAGCUAAUGGGAAUGUUAAGUGUCAUGGAGACCCUAAAAUUGUCAAAGAAGGAUAUAAAAGCUUUCCCAGUGGACAUACCUCAUGGUCAUUUGCUGGCCUUGCUUUCCUCUCAUGGUACCUAUGUGGAAAGGUGAAGGCUUUUGACAGAAGAGGUCAUGCUGCAAAACUCUGCAUUGUUUUGCUUCCUGUUCUAUUUGCUGCAUUAGUCGGAAUUUCUCGGAUUGAUGACUAUUGGCAUCACUGGACCGAUGUAUUCACUGGAUCCAUAAUAGGAACCGUGGUUGCCUCUCUAUGUUACCUGCUUUUCUUCCCAUUCCCUCAUGAUAUCAAUGGAUGGGCACCUCAUGCAUCUAUCAAAGUGAGAGAAAAAGAUUUCCAGUCUUCAUCAAUAGCAUUGGACACGGUGUAAUGCAACAACAGUCCAAGAGGGAACCCUCAUUAACCAGGCCUGAACAGUAAUGCAUGAUCUGGAAGUUGUUGGAGAUGGAAGGAGACACUGAACUCAGAUUUCUGUAGCUUCGUCGAAAGAGAAAACAUAUCAUCUAAACAUUUUGUCGUCUUCUUUUUUGUUUAGUCCGGCUUAUGUUGGCUCAGUCUGCAGUCAUACUUGUAUAUCAAGAGAGUUGUACAAUAUCAAGGGGACAUUGUUCCUUACCUCCACAUUUUAUAUGGGGAGAAAGAACAGGCUCAAGCUCUUACAAAACAUAGUCUUUUUGUACAUUUACAUCUACCAUGUAGAAAUGUAAGAUCACUAAAAAUACCAACAGAUAUCCUUGUUGUAAAAAUGUAAAUGAUGAGCUUUUCCUUUCCAUA